AUCGCCGUCCCUGAGCAAUCAAUAUGGCCUCCAGUCGCAGUCGCUCGCUCGCUCGCUAACAGGGCACGCCAGCGUAAACGCUUCUCUGUCUUCUUCCCUUUUGCCGCCUAUCACCCUCUCUCUUUCUCUCACGCGAGACUCUUCCGCAGGAAACUUCGGCGCUGUUGGUUCGGCGGCUUGCAUUGCUCCGUGCCGGGAUCGUCCAUCCGAUUAGUCGAGCAGUACGGCUCGGUAACCUCGAGAUUCAUUCGGACUUGCCUGAAACCGCCCAGGCACGAAUGUGUGACAAUGUUUCGAUCGAUAAAAAAACGGUUCAGGAAAAAGAAGCUAGUAUCCUGAACAGUGGCUGCAUCGCGUACUCGUUCGUUAGAGAGAUCGAGGUGUCCGUGUCGUCAAUAAGCGUCACUGAUAAGCGAGGAUCGAUUGGAAAAAGUGCAGUGUUAUAAAAAGGCACAAGGGCGGCGGAACAAGACUAAAAGGGUAGGCCUGUGAUAUAUGAAGAAGAGGAUAUAGAAAAUAGCAUUAAGCUACGCUUAGUAGGUAAAGCAAAUUUGAGCAAAAUUCGAGUAAAAUAUAUCAUGCUUCGGUAGUUGCAUCGCCGUGCUCGGUAAAAAAAAUCAGGGGAUAUGAAGCACUUACCGGAAGAAGAUGCGCGCCAUAGUCGUUGCAUGUUGUCCUGCCGUUCAUGGUAGCAGCCGUUAGCAUGGCCGAUGUCGUGUCCGAGGUCUCGGAUGGAGCAGUCGCAACAGCCGAGGGUUGCGGCUUGCCGCCAUCGUCGGCAACGGAAGCUGCUAACAACGAAGACAUUACUGCUAACAAGGGCAUCGAGGAAGUCAGCAUCCAUAAGAUCCUCCAGGGUAUGACCAGUGAAUUCAACAAGAGCGUGAGUUCGGAUGAGAGCGACGACGAAAUAGCAGUUGUUACAGAAAAUACAACAAUGCUGCCACAGUCGCCGUCCAUGCUUAUCGAAGAGUCUGUCGACGACCCAACAGCCGUCGAGAAGCGAGACAAGAAAGGUGAGGACACAGCUGAGAGUGCAGAAAACACUGCAGUUCAAGCUGCACCAGAUGAGAAUCAUAAGGGAGAGGAUGAUGCCUCCACAGGCCAGCAAGAAACUCCCAAGAAAGAGGCUCUCAAGAAAGAGGCUCUCAAGAAAGAGGCUCUCAAGAAAGAAAAUAGCAUACCUAGGCUCAUUCUGACAUUUAGAACAAUUGAUGAAAACACAGAUCACGGUAAGAAGACUAAAAUAUCCAGCUGUUCUUCUCAUCUCACCAUGGUUCCGGAAAACUUGAGCAAUUGUGAUCGGAUUAGUAAUAGUGGUAUGGUCGGUGUCUCAGUAAAAAUAGAGAACUCUGAUGAUAAUUCGGAUAAUGUGGAAGAGUCCUCAAAAAAAGUCAAGGUAGGAAGAUCUGCAAAAAAGCUAGAAUCUAAAGAUGUGACUAAGAAUGUGGUGGAAGAUACAGAGGAGAAACUUAGUAAUACACAGCUUUCUGUCGAGCAGAAGGCUGAGACUACAAAGAACAACUCUGAGAGUAACCCUGAAAGCAACGUUGAGACAAAGCUUGCUGAAGGUACUGAGCAGAAAGAAACUGCUGCACCAGUUACCAGGAAGAGAAGAACUGGACGACCUAGAUUGCGAGCACUUAGCGACUCGAUGGAAGAACAGCCUUGCCCCAAACGUUCAGCUAGAAGACUUUGUAAAGAAACCUUGAAGAGUACAGUUUUGGAAAGUGCCAUGGCGCGCAAAGAGAAGUCGAAUUACACGGAGGAUAUGCAGCGCAAAAAACGGAAGUAUAACAGACCAGGCCGUCCGAAGAAAAUAAUUCCGGGCAGAGAUCCGAUCAAGCCUGUCCAAAUGAGGGUUUCUGAUAUACGACAUCAGGAAGCAGAUACGUCGCUGCUGUCCGACAGUGGCGUUAGCGCAUCAGAAAACAUGUUUGAUUCCUCACGUACUUCCGCUACAUCGUUGUCGGAAAACAAUAGUAUAAACGAUAAUAUCAAUGAGGAUUCGUUGACGUUUUCAUCCUCCGAGUUUGCCGAUAUGCCGAAGCUAUCUCCGAUGACAAGGAGUUCGGAUUCGCAGAUCAAGCUGAGCAACUCGAUCCGUAGUCCUAGCAGCGAUGAUGCGUUGGUAGAUAUCGGAAAGCCGUUCCUGAAGCCUGCUACUGCUGGACGACCCAAGAGGGAAAGGGGUCGACCACGUGGAAGCACUCAGGCUGCGCGAAAGAUUGCAAAGGCCGACGUAUAUGAUGGUGAUGGUUCUCCAUCCGUCGCAGAGACUGGAAAGCAUAAUGAUUAUCCUGAAGAAGGUACAGUACCGGCAAAACGAACUCGCAGAAGCAUGGCGCCGAGUCCGAGUCCCGCGGAAGGACAGGCAUCGAAGCCAGAAUCCACGGCGAUCAUGAGUGAAACGUACGCGCAAUCCAUGCUGUGUUUAUGCCAAGUGCGAUCUCAGUUAUAUGUAACAAUCACCGGUUCCGCACCGCUCUACUGCACGGCCAACGACUCGAUCGACAACAGACUGGUGGGUUGUUGCAACGAGGUGGACAAUAACGACGUGACGAUGAGACGGCCGAGUGCUCGUAUACCUUAUAUCAUCCUCUGCCGCGUGCAUAAAGAGCGUCUAUUGCGACACAAUUGCUGCCCUACAUGCGGCAAGUUCUGUUCGCAGGGUAGGUUCGUGCAGUGCAUUAACGGUCAUCAGUAUCAUCGCGAGUGCGAAAUCUAUCCGAACAAGAAGGGCGUGUGUCCUCAUUGCGGCAGCGAAAGUACCACUUAUGACGUGUUAGUGACAAUGAAUGGCAUGCGAAAGCCUGUCUUCAUUCCUACGCGAAAAAGGUUUUCUAAACUCCCUUCUGCAAAAAUGUCACUGCCUGGUAAAGGCGACAAUACAAAGUUGGCCGAACGUCCACCUAGUCCGCUAAUCCAGCCUGACAUCAUCAAAAUACCCGAGCCAUCGACCAAUAGCGACAGGCCAGAACGCUAUACUAUUAUGAGCCUUUAUACAUCCGUGAAGAACGGGGAUCUGGAAAAAUUAGUGAAUGUAUUAGCUUGUGGUUAUAACGCAAAUCACACAUUCCGGGAUUACGCUCAUCGGACUAGUCUGCAUAUAGCGGCGGACAAAGGUCAUAUGUCAUGCGUACACGUUUUGGUGCAAGCCGGUGCUCAAAUAGAUAUAAUGGACAGGAACCAAUUGACACCUCUGAUGCUUGCCGCGGGUAAGGGCAAAGCUGACGUCGUUAGGUAUCUAGUUAGGGUAGGCGCUGAUGUAACGUUGAAAGGCGAGGAUGGUAUGACCGCUUUGCACAUGGCAGCUAAGACGGGUCAUUUAGAAGUUUGCAAGAUCAUCCUGACUGAGUGCAAGGUGCCGAGAACAUUAGUAGAUUGCGUGGAUGAUGGUGGCUGGACGAGUUUGAUAUGGGCCUGCGAGUUUCGCCAUACGAACGUUGCACGAUUCUUGUUAGAUAAAAAAUGUGAUCCUCUUAUCCGGGACGCUGAACAAAACAUUGCGCUUCACUGGAGCGCUUUUAGUGGAAGUUCCGAAAUUACAGAGAUGCUCCUGAACGAAGGAUGUGAUGUGAAUGCAGUAAAUGUUCAUGGUGAUACACCUUUGCAUAUAGCGGCUAGACAAGACCGAUAUACAGUCAGCGUAUUAUUGCUAGCACGCGGUGCUAAAAUAGGAGAAGUAAAUGCUGUCGGCGAGACUGCAGUGAACUGUUGCACUGCAGAUGGCGAUACUAUGACUGCCUUGAGAUUAAAUGCCAAAGUCAAUGAACUUUCUCAGCAUAUGUGGGAAAAAACGGUUAAAAUAUUGACAAAUGAUAUUUCACGCGGCAAAGAAACUAAUCCUAUACAAUGCGUCAACGGAUAUGAUGGUGAGGACAAACCGACUGAUUUUAUUUAUGUGACGGAGAAUUGCUUCACGAGCAACAUUAGCGUAGAUCGUACGAUAACGUCAUUGCAAUCCUGCCGUUGUGAGGAUAACUGCAGUUCCGAGAAAUGCUUGUGCGGGAACAUAAGUCUGCGGUGUUGGUACGACGAGAACGGAAAACUCAUACCAGAGUUCAAUUACGCAGAUCCACCAAUGUUAUUCGAGUGCAAUCCAGCUUGCGAUUGCAAUAGCAUUACUUGCAACAACCGGGUGAUACAACACGGUCUCACUCAAAGGUUUCAACUAUUCCGCACGAUAGGUAAAGGUUGGGGUCUUCGAACUCUUCGACAUAUCCUCAAAGGUACCUAUGUGUGCGAAUAUGUUGGCGAGAUAAUCUCUGACUCCGAGGCUGAUCAUCGAGAGGAUGAUUCUUACUUAUUUGAUUUGGACAACCGAGACGGAGAAACUUACUGUAUAGACGCAAGACGUUAUGGAAAUAUCGCCCGGUUCAUCAAUCACUCAUGCGCUCCGAAUCUGCUGCCGGUACGAGUCUUUGUUGAGCAUCAAGACUUGCAUUUUCCUAGGAUAGCGUUCUUCGCUAACCGAGACAUCGAGGCGGAUGAAGAACUCGGCUUCGACUAUGGCGAGAAGUUCUGGAUAAUUAAGUGUAAAUCCUUCACGUGUACCUGCGAAGCCGAGAACUGCCGUUAUUCGGAGCAGACUAUAAAAGUUACACUGGAUAAUUAUCGCAAGAAAAUACAGCAGGAAGAGAUGCUGGCAGCUCAAACCUCAUCAUCGUAACCCUAAGUGCGAUUUAGCUUAAUUAUCUAGAGGUCCGCGAUUUCUCUUAAUUGUCGGCGGACGUGACGCACGAUUUUACGAAUCGUCUCGUUGAUCACGCGCGCUAGUUUUUUCCCCGUGUAUCGGUUUGCCGGGAUCGAUUCUCACACGCACGAUGCGCGAGAUUGUAAAAGUACAAAUGCAAACGGUUGGUGGUGGGAUAAUUAGGUUCGAUUAAUUUUUUCCCCGAAUAUCUGCUUGCACCGUGAGAGUUGUAUACCGUCCGACUUCGCAGCCGCUGAAGCUUCGAAGGUAUCGGUCAUGCUAUUGUUUUUGUCGAGCACCGAAUGUACGUCCAUGUUGAGACGAGGUUAAUGGUCGGUCCACCAACUGACUUUGUUGGCUCGUUGCUUGUUCCUCUCUUUUUUUUAAAUCGGAGUUUUAACAUCGUUAAUUGAAUAUAAAUUGUGUAAUUGCGACGAGCUUAGGAUGAUGCAUCGAUAAGAAAAGAUAUACAGGAUUCCAAUAAUACUUUCCAUUUAUGGUAAAGAUAUUUUAGCUCGUAUUGUAUCUACAUAUUUUUGUAUUAUAACUGUUAGUUUUGGAAAGAAUCAGCGAUUUAAUUACACGAAGUACAACGAUAAUGUGCGUACCGGUGAAUAUAUAUAUGCAUUAUUACUGCAUAUUUAUUUUAUACUGUUGCAUUUAAUGUUACUAAGUUGCCGAUUUUUCAUAAAACUAAUACAAUUAUAAUACAAAAUAUGUUGAUAUGCUGAAGCCAUAAUAUCUUAGCCGGAAAUGGAAAGCAUUUUUAAAAUCCUGAGUACUAAUCGAGUUACAUUUUGAAGGUGUUUUAUGAUUACUAUGGAAGUAUGAUGAAAUACAUUUAUCCAGAAUCACUUUGUGAUUCCCUGCAGUUUGGUGGUUAAUAGUAAUUGGUAUCUUAAUAAUAAACGUCCGAUAUAGGAAAUAUCAUGAAGAGUGUAAUAACAAUGUCAUAUAAUACGUACGAAACAUUUUGAGUAUAAGAGUCAAAUUCAACUGAAAAUAAGAACAAAUAUUCGUUGAUUUUUAAAUGUUCUGUACGAAACAUUUUGUUCAUGUUCUUUUUUGAUCUCGUAUUUUUGAAAAAUAUCGCAUACAAUAUUUCGAUGAAAUACAAUUCGAUACAAUUCAUAUUACUACAUGUAUACUGUAGCUUUUCAAGAAAUAUUGUAACAAAUAUUUUUUAACAAUACAGUACUACAAAUCUUUUCGAGCUUAACUUGAACAUACUGAGUACCACGCUCGAUUCGAAUAUGAAUCUUAACGGAUUAGAAUUCUCUAGUCGCGAACAUAUACACACUCAGAUUACUUAAUACAAAUUGAAUACAGAUUACUUAACAUUGUUAGUCGCGCGAGUUUUACCCAAUCAGAGACAAGAUAUUUAAUAAAAUCAUUAAUUAUUAUAUAAUUCAAAUUGUAACCCCCAAAAGCGGAUGAAGAAAUUCCUGCAGAAACUUGCACACGUCACUAAAUCUUGGGUGACGUGGUACUCAAUAUAUUAAGGAAAUUUGAAUAUUAAUCGCUCAUUUAUACUUUGCCUCAAGCUCGCUUAUAUUCUUUUGCCUAUUUUUCCGGUAACUGCAAGUCUUUGAAAGACACGACCGUACGAGAAAAUGUCACGUUAACCUUUUUUCUCUAUUUUUUUUAUCUAGGUAACGAUAAGCAUAAUAUAUGACAGAUGGUUUGCAUGUGCAAGGUGCGAGAAUUUUAAACAUGGUUGGAAAUAUUGUGUGAUUGAGGAAGGAAAUGUAAACUACCAUCGCUUAGGUGAAUCAAAGAAUUAUUGCAGCGCGCGUUCGUGUGUUCCUUAUUAUAGAGCAUUAUGCUGUUUUAUUCCAAUUAAAUGUACGAAUUUCGUCUGCGAAUGAAUUUAAUGGGAUUCACUAUGAGCGAUGUAGUGCAAAAGAUUACACCUUUUUGUACAAAUGAUUGAUUUUUUGUAUAAUAAAAAUAUAGUCCUUUUUAA